AUGCUCAAUAGGAAAGCAUGUAUUCUUGUUAAUGAAAUAUCUACCCUCCAUCGUCAUGCUGAGGCAAAGUUCUCUGGCAAAUAUCGGAAAUGGGCCAAAGAACAUUUGUUCGAGUUGAUGCUUCCUGGUGAUGUCAAGGCCCGCAAGGAUGAUGUGGCACAGCAGAGCAUUGACGCGCAUCUGACUGAGUGGAAGCUUGCUGAGCGAGUAGUUUCAUACUCAGAUAAGUCGUUCAAACAGGCUGCAAUUGAGUGGCUUGUGGCCACUGACCAGCCAAUUCAAACACUUGAGCAUCCAAAGUUCAAGGAAAUGAUUGAUGUUGCUGCUUGA